CGCCAUUUAGCGCGGAGGCGUCGCCGGGCGGCCGCGCUCGGUCCUGCCCGCCGGGCGCCACCCGGACUCGGCUUGGCGGCGGCCCCGGUGAGAGGCGGCUGUGGGCCGCGGGCAGCAGGAGCAGUAGCAGGAGGAGAAGAAGAAGGAGGAGGAGGAAGGUUUCCGGCUCCUCGCGAGGCGGCCGCGGCUGUUGGAGAGAGCGCGGCCCGGCCGCGCGGGCGGUGGCUGCGCCUGCCGGGCGGUGGAGAGGCCGCGGCCGCCAUGGGCGCCCCGGUGAGGCGGGGCUGAGCCCCCGGGACCCCUUUCCCUGCCCUGGGCCUGCCCGGGCCUCUGCCGCUCGGAGCGAGUGACUGAGCGCGGCGGCUUUCUUGGCGUGCGGGCCUGCGCCCCGCUCCCUCCUCGCGUCCCGGCCCCUUCCCCUCCCCGCACCCGGGCCGGCCCCGCUCGCACUCCAUUGCCGGGGGUAACUGUAGCCGGGCGAGGUACCGGCGUCUCCCCGCUCGGGGGCCUCCCCGGUGCUCGGGCUUUCCCUUCCCUCGCCGCCCCCCAACUCCAUCCCAGCGCCCCGUGUCCGCUCCCGGUACUCCAUGUCGGCCCCGCUGCCCGGCUCCCCGCUGCAGGAUGGAUGCAGACGCUGACCGGGGAUCCACCCCGCCGGCCCAGCCUCCCAGCUCCGCCGCGAGGAGCCCUUGGGACCCUCUGUUGCAGCUGCAACGGCAGCCGCGGCCGGGCGCGCUCCCCGCUCAGUGACCGGCCCUUCGCUCGCCUCCCGCCGCCGCCUCGCCGCAGCCGCGCUCCCCCGGAGCACCAUGUCGGGGGACGCCGCAGGCAACGGCCCCCCGGGGCCGCGCUUCCUGGUGCCGCCGCCGCCGCCGCCCAAGAACGGUUCCAGCUCGGACAGCUCCGUCGGAGACAAGCUGGGAGCCGCCGAGCACGGAGCCUCCGGCGCCGGUGGAGCGGGCGGCGGACCGGGGAACGGAGGCCGCAGUGAGGAGUACCGGCGCCGCCGCCACACCAUGGACAAGGACAGCCGAGGGGCGGCAGCCACUGAGCACCGCUUCUUCCGCCGGAGCGUGAUCUGCGACUCCAACGCCACGGCCUUGGAGCUGCCCAGCUUGCAGCCCGCAGCGCCCUCGGCCCCUGUCUCGGGAGGCAGCGCAGCCCCCUUGGUGUUCCCUCCCGAGGGUGCCGGCCGGACUCCUUACACCCCUGUCACCGUCGCCGAGGCCGACUCGCGGCCGCCGCCGCCCGCCCCUCUCCCCCUGGAAGGACAGUCUGCUGAGGAGCCCCCAGCCGCCAAGGAUGCCGCCCCGCUGCUGCCCAAGGAGGAGGAGGAGGGGGACGAGGCAACUGCGCUACCCCCUACCAGUGCCGCUGGCAGUCUGUCAGCUGCCAGCCGGGAAUUUGAGGAGCGGAGAACACAGCAGGAAGACAUCGAGGAGCUUGAGACCAAGGCAGUGGGCAUCUCCCCGGAUGGCCGCUUCCUGAAGUUUGACAUCGAGAUUGGAAGAGGCUCUUUCAAAACUGUGUAUAAAGGACUGGAUACUGAAACCACUGUGGAAGUUGCGUGGUGUGAGCUACAGGAUCGGAAGCUGUCCAGGUCAGAGCGACAAAGAUUUAAAGAGGAAGCUGGGAUGCUGAAAGGGCUUCAGCAUCCCAAUAUUGUCAGGUUCUAUGAUUCCUGGGAGUCCACAGUCAAAGGAAAAAAGUGUAUUGUUCUUGUGACGGAGCUCAUGACAUCUGGAACAUUGAAAACGUAUUUGAAAAGAUUUAAAGUGAUGAAAAUUAAAGUACUGCGAAGCUGGUGCCGUCAGAUACUGAAAGGCUUACAAUUUCUACAUACACGCACUCCUCCCAUCAUUCAUAGAGACUUAAAAUGUGACAACAUCUUCAUUACUGGCCCCACUGGAUCAGUCAAGAUUGGAGACCUUGGUCUGGCAACCCUGAAACGAGCUUCUUUUGCCAAAAGUGUGAUAGGUACCCCAGAGUUCAUGGCCCCUGAGAUGUAUGAGGAGAAAUAUGAUGAAUCCGUUGAUGUAUAUGCUUUUGGGAUGUGUAUGCUAGAGAUGGCCACGUCUGAGUAUCCCUAUUCCGAGUGCCAAAAUGCCGCGCAGAUCUACCGUCGAGUGACCAGUGGUGUCAAGCCAGCCAGCUUUGAUAAAGUAGCAAUCCCUGAAGUGAAGGAGAUUAUUGAGGGAUGCAUUCGUCAAAACAAAGGUGAAAGAUAUGCUAUUAAGGACCUUUUGAAUCACGCUUUCUUCCAAGAGGAGACUGGAGUACGGGUAGAACUUGCAGAGGAAGACGAUGGAGAAAAAAUUGCCAUUAAACUCUGGCUGCGAAUUGAAGACAUCAAAAAACUCAAGGGCAAAUAUAAAGAUAAUGAGGCAAUAGAGUUUUCAUUUGAUUUGGAAAGAGAUGUCCCAGAGGAUGUAGCACAGGAAAUGGUGGAGUCUGGCUAUGUCUGUGAAGGGGAUCACAAGACAAUGGCGAAGGCUAUCAAGGACAGGGUAUCUUUGAUUAAGCGCAAGCGAGAGCAGCGCCAGUCGGUGCAAGAAGAACAGGAGAACAUACUUCAGGAAGAAGGUAGUCAGAAGCAGCAGCUGGAGCAACAGCAGCCAUCAAGUGCUUCCCAUGCAGGGUCAAAGCAUCCCCAGUCUGUCACUGGUACUACUUCUGUCCCCACUGCUUCAGCAUCGGUUUCUACGCAAGUGGAGCCCGAAGAGCCGGAAGCUGAUCAACACCAACAGCUGCAGUUCCAGCAACCCAGUAUAUCUGUUCUUUCUGAUGGAACAGUUGACAGUGGCCAGGGGUCAUCCGUGUACACUGAAUCUGUGAGCAGUCAGCAGACUGUGUCCUAUGGUUCCCAGCACGACCAGUCAGUCUCAAACACUGGAGUCCAGGGAUACACAGCUUCAGUUGGCCAAGUGCAGUCCCAGCAGCAUGGAGGAUAUCAGCCACCUGCAGCGCUUCAACGUGGUCGUAGCAUGUCAGUUUGUGUCCCCCACCUUCCUGCUCUUCCCUGUAUGUCCUGCAUCCCUCUCAGUGCUCCUUGCACCCCACCACCAGCGCUGUCUGCACCUCUUUCUCCUUUCUACCUUCGGACUGUCCCUGAGGAAACCUUUGCAGAAAAGCUUUCUAAAGCCCUGGAAAGUGUCCUGCCCAUGCACUCUGCCUCUCCACGCAAGCAUCGACGCUCCAGCCUGCCCUCCCUCUCUGUCAGUCCUCCUCAGCAUCCUCGUGGGGGAACACCACCGUUCCCAGAUUCACAGAUAUUUUUCCCAACCGUUCAUGAACGGCCGGUGUCUUUCUCACCACCACCUGUCUGCCCGCCGAAGGUGGCAAUUGCUCAGCGGCGCAAGAGCACUUCAUUUUUGGAAGCUCAAACUUGCCACUUCCAGCCAUUGCUGAAGACUGGCCAGAGUUUAGUUCCACCUGGUGGUAGUCCCACCAAUUGGACUCCAGAGGCAUUUGUUAUGCUAGGCACAGCAGCUCAGAGAGUCGCUGGAGAGCCUCUGCAUGUGCAAGUUAAUCCCGUGUUUGAGCAAGCUCCUGUCCACAGUGACUAUAGAUCUGGACCAACACCUCCAGAGGAUGCUCGCUACAGAAUGCAUCCAGAAGCUGUGUAUUUGGUGGGCAUGCACUAUCCAUCACAGACACAGGUGCAAGGCCAGCCAGCCUCAAGCAAUGCAUCGGUGCCAUCCCAGCCUACUCAGCACACUCAGCAGAGUGCACAGCAGCCAGCCUCUUCCCAACAGCCUGGACAAUACCAGCUGCAGCAGCCCUCAGUUUCUGCCAGCACCACUCCUGCACAAACUGUCUCUCAAACUCAAACUUCACAGAUCAUGCCAAUGCCUCAGGCAGCAGCUGGGACACAGCUUCCUGUUUCCCAGCCAGUGUCGAUCAUCCAAGGCGAGCCUCAAUUACCUGUUGCAGCAUCUUCUCUCCCUCAGCCUUCAGUUGCCCCAUCAGUCCCCAUUGGCUCUCAUUUUCUACCCAUGGGACAGGCCUUGCCAACUUCCGUGGUUCCCCAGUUCCCAGUGUCUCAGUUGCCUGUAGCAGCUCCUCAUGUGACGGUGGCUCAGCCAGGUUUCCAGUCGCUGCCCCUUUCGAUGGCAGCUGGCAUGAAUCAGCCACUGCUGACGCUGGCCACGUCUGCCGCGGCAGCUGCUGUUCCCGUAGGACCAACGGCUGUCCCUAGCCAGCUCCCCACACUGAUGCAGCCGGUGGCUCAGCUGCCCAGCCAGGUUCUCCCGCAGCUCCUGCAGCCGGCUGUCCAGUCCGUGGGAUUGCCAGUCAGCAUUGGACAAGCUGCUGAAGCUUCACUUCCUGCUGGAGAUGCUCUUUACCAGGGCUUCCCAUCUCGGCUGACACCGCAAUACCCAGGGGACUCGAGCGUUGCACCUUCCUCUGCUGUGGCCUCUGCCAGCAUUCCUUCUGCUGUGCUGUCCCCUCCCAUGCCCACAGAUGCAAUGGCCCAGUCAGCCUACCUUGCUCCUGUUGUGCAGCCGUAUGGGGAACAGAACGUUUUAGUUUCCAUGGGCAGCCUGGGAGGACAGGUUCAGGUGCCCCAGCCUCCUGUGAGUUUAGCACAACAGGCCUCAUCUGCCUCCUCGCAGCAGGCAGUCGUGGAGGGUACUCAGGGAGUCUCACAGACUGCUUCUUCAGAGACUCUUCCAGCAACACAGCCUGCUCAGUCUACCCCUUUGGCUUCUUCUAUGGAUAGUGCACAUUCUGAUGUUGCUUCAGGAUUGAGUGAUGGCAACGAGAAUGUCCCGGCUUCCAGUGGAAGGCACGAAGGGAGGACGACGAAACGUCACAUGCGCAGGUCUGUCCGCAGCCGCUCUCGCCAUGAGAAGACUUCUAGGCCGAAACUGAGAAUUCUCAAUGUUUCAAACAAAGGUGAUCGGGUAGUGGAAUGCCAGCUAGAGACACACAAUCGGAAAAUGGUUACUUUCAAAUUUGAUUUGGAUGGUGAUAACCCUGAGGAAAUAGCUUCAAUCAUGGUGCAGAACGAGUUUAUUUUAGCAACAGAGCGAGACUCAUUUGUAGAACAGGUACGAGAGAUUAUUGAGAAAGCAGAUGAAAUGCUAAGUGAGGAUGCAAGCGUGGAGCCGGAAGGGGAUCAGGGGCUGGAGAGCAUGCAGACAAAAGAUGACGGCUUCUUUCCGGGGUCGCAGAAAUUAGAGUUCAAACAGCCAGAUCCUACAUCUUCCAUGCCACAAAGAAUAGGGGUUCCUUCUAGCUCCUUUACCCAGGUUGUUCAUUCUGCGGGAAGACGGUUCAUUGUCAGCCCGGUCCCUGAGAGCCGAUUGAAAGAACAGGGCUUUUUCACAUCUGCUGUUUCUGGAGGAAACGAAACUUCAGAUAUGGUUGUAGCAUCUCCAGUACAUGGUCCUGGAAUGAAUCUCUCCCACUCGGCAUCAUCACUGAGCUUGCAGCAAGCCUUCUCUGAGAUGGGGCAUGCUCAGAUGACAGAAGGACCUAGCACAGCUCCUCCAGUGUUCAAUCAAGCCAUACCACCAUUUCCACCUGCACUUUCUACCAUGGCGGGCAGUGGUGCAACUCCUGCAUCUGUGGCUACUUCUUCAGUAUCUGUUCCCUCCAGCACUGGUGUUUCUCUUCCAGGAUCUGUUACUUUGCCUUCAGAAAAUGCAGCUGUUGGAGUUGCACCAAGCACAAGUGUGCCAAGCUCUAUUUCUCCACCUUCAGCCUCACAGCCUGGACAGCAAUCGACCGGUGUCACUUCCAGCGUGAGCGCCCCUGCUUCUUUCUCCGUAUCUGCCAUGUCCCAGCCUGCCCAACCAGUGACUGCAGACAUUGCCCCCAGUAUCAGCACGCCAUCGGCUUUGGCACUGCCAUCUACCCAGGUUCCUGGUGUCACUGGUCUCGGUGCUGUGGCACCAGCUGUGACAUCCCAGUCUACUCCUCAGAUUGUGAGUAGUAUGGCAGCACCACAGACAUCUGUUGCCCUGUCUCUGGCCCAGAACGUGGCUUUGCAGCUUCCUCAGCUCAGUAGCAGUGGCUCUGUGUGCAGUCUGGCAGAAACAACAGUGGUAAGCGCUCCACAGUCACUACCUGAGACUGGGCACUCUCUGGAUAAAUCACAUCCCUGCAAUGCAGCUGGCUUAUCUCUUCCAAUCUCUGCACCUUUAUCAUCCUCAGCAGCAUCAAGCAUAUGUGGUUCGGUCUCUCAGCCAGUGAUCCACCCCUUACUCGUUCCAUCAGGAAUUACAUCAACACCUGUCCUACCCCAGAUUUCAGGUGCAACACCCAUGUUGCCCCAGGUUCCCUUACCUGGUGUCUUGCCACAACCAGUCACUAACUUGCCUGCAGUACAGCAGACUUUGAUACACAGCCAGCCUCAACCAGCUCCAUUGCCCAACCAGCCUCACAUUCACUGUCUGGAGGCUGAUGCUGAUGCUCAGUCUAAAGCCCCUGGUAUUGAUGACAUAAAGACCCUGGAAGAAAAGCUGCGGUCUCUCUUCAGUGAGCAUGGUAACGUGGGAACGGUGCAUCCGUCAGUGUCUCUGGAGACCUCGCUGGUGAUGGAAACCACCGUUGUUCCUGGGAUCCCAACCACUGCUGUUGCACCAACCAAACCCCUGACAUCCAUUAGCACUUGUAUACCUCCAAGCAGUUUGCCUCUUGGACCAACUGGCUUGCCAGUGCUGACUCCAGUUGCCACUCCUGGGCAAGUGAUCACCCCCGUCAGCUACAUCUCGGCCUCGAGCAGCAUCGCCACAGCAGCAGUGAAACCGGGGACCUCUCCUUCCAAGCCCCCUCUCAGCAGGGUACCGGUGCUACCAAUAGGUUCUGACCUUCCGGCUGGCACUCCAUCCAGUGAGCAGCUGCCACCUUUUCCAGGACCUUCACUAACUCAGUCCCAACAGCCACUGGAAGAUCUGGAUGCUCAGCUGAGAAGAACCCUUAGUCCAGAGACCAUCCCAGUGACAUCUGCUCCUGCCUGUUCUGUGCCCUCAGUAGCAUCAACAACGGUUACUGGGCCGGUGUCCACAGCAACACAGUCUCUGAAGGAUGCUUUGGCAUCAGGUGAUGGAGAGAGCGGUGCUGUGGCUGCCGCAGCAGGAGCCAGUGUGCUGAAGAUGGGACGGUUUCAGGUAUCCGUGGCAGUGGAUGAUGUGCUAAAAGAGGGUGACAAACCUGAAACGAAGCCAGUGCAAUUUGAAACCACCUCCACUGAUUCUUCAAGCCUUUCUGGCAGCAGCCCAGAGAGCACGCUGGUGAAGCAGGCUGAGUCUCGGAAGAGCGGGGCUGCAGCCGCCGCCUCCUUGGAUGUGGUGGACGGCCUGGCUCAGGCGGCUCCCGCGCCGCCGCCGGCAGAUGCUGCUCAGGCGACCAAGGUCGGGCGCUUCCAGGUGACAACGGCCACGGAUCAAGUGGGGCGCUUCUCCGUGGCGAAGGCUCGCGACGAGGUCAGCUGUGCCCAGAAAGAGCCUGUGACUCUUCCUCUCUCUGUGGGCUUGGAACAAGUUGCUUCUUCAGCUGCAGCUCCGAAGAAAGAGCUGGAGUCGAGGCAGUCCCCACACAUGAAUGGUCCAUCCUCUGAUCCGGAGGCCGCCUUUCUAAGUGGGAUGGCUAAGGAUUUGGAUGAUGGCUCAGGGAGCCCAGACUCUGUCCAGCACCUGGGAUCAAAGAUCAGCCUCCCUGUUCAGAGCCUUAGCAACUCCUUCAACUCUUCCUACAUGAGCAGUGACAAUGAGUCGGACAUUGAAGAUGAAGACUUGAAAUUGGAACUCCGUCGGUUACGGGAGAAGCACCUUAAAGAGAUCCAGGAGCUGCAGAGUCGCCAGAAGCAGGAGAUUGAGUCACUCUACAUGAAACUGGGAAAGGCCCCACCUGCAGUAAUUAUUCCCCCAGCUGCACCCCUUUCAGGAAGAAGGAGACGACCUACGAAAGGAAAAAGCAGCAAGUCCAGUCGUAGCAGCUCCCAGGGACAUAAAAGCCCUCAGCUAUCAGGCAACCUGUCAGCUCAAAGUGCACCAUCAGUCUUGCCCCCUCAGCAGACCCUUCAUCCUCCUGGUAGUGUGCCAGAGACUGGGCAGAACCAUUUGUUACAGCCCCUCAAACCUUCACCUUCCAGUGAAAAUCUCUACUCUGCCUUCACCAGUGACGGUGCCCUCUCGGUACCGAGCCUUUCGGCACCGGGCCAAGGCUGUGCGAAGUUUAACUGUGCAUCUGAGAGAGUGACCUUCAAGCCUGGUGGCAGGAGGACCCGAUUUCUGAGUACGCCCUGCUUGGCUCUUUGGAAGAUGGUGAAAAAAGUCUGUCCUUGCAACCAGCUCUGUAGGACCAGCAGCACCAACACCGUGGGGGCUGCAGUGAACAGCCAGGCUCCCCAGACCCAGCCCACUGCCAUCGCCUCGAGCCGCAAAGGGACCUUCACGGACGACCUGCACAAGCUGGUGGACAACUGGGCCCGGGAUGCCAUGAACCUGUCUGGCAAGAAGGUUGGCAAAGGGCACAGCAGCUACGAGGGCCCUGGAAUGGCAAGAAAAUUCUCGGCACCAGGUCAGCUCUGUAUCUCUAUGACAUCUUCCCUGGGUGCUACGCCCAUCCCUGCAGCAUCAGCUACCUCUUUAGGUCCCUUCAGCAAGGCCAUGUGCCCCCCGCAGCAGUACGGUUACCCCGCAGCGUCCUUCCCCCCGCCCUGGAGCGGGGCCGGGGGGCCAGCACAGCCACAGCUCGGCCAGUUCCAGCCCGUGGGUGCCACAUCUUUGCAAAGCUUCAACAUCAGCAAUUUGCAAAAGUCUGUCAGCAACCCUCCAGGCUCCAACCUGCGGACCACUUAGCCGUGCUCGGAGACCCUGCUGGCUACACCUCGGGACAGGACAUGGGGAGGGAGAUGGGGCCCUUAUCAACUACUAGUGCUGCAAUGAACUGGUAGCUUGCCAGACUGGGAAUGAAUUUAUCUUUUCCAACCAUUGCUGUCAACUCUCUGUAGCGGGAGUUUCCCCACACACUCGGAAGGGGGAGGAGGAUGAUCAGCAUCCUUGUGAUGGGACAGUGCUUUUCACCGAGGGGGGCUGCUCUUGCGUGGCACAAGAGCUAUGAAGAGGAGCCGUGGGGUCAGUUCAUGCAGUCUUGCUGUAAAAUUUUUCUCUGGGUUGAGGCUGAAUCCACACGUGUGGAGGUGGGAGAGCUGAACCCCCCAGCAUGAGGCUUUAGCACGCUUCCUGCCUCUUCCUGAAGAACCAAGAUCAGGAAGAAAGCUGUCCAAAUCCCCCUCCUCUCCCUCUCCCCACUCAAUCGUAUCUGGCUCUGAAACGAUGGGGCACAUGAAUGGACUUGCGAUGCAGCCCGUGCUUGAUAGGUCAUUACUGCUUUAAGUAAGAUAUUAACAGCUUUGACUGCAGCAUUAGAGCAAUUUAAAUUGUUAAAAAAAAUUUUAAAAGUUCCCUGCGGACAUGUACUUACCAUCAGUUUUGAUGUGGAAACACUGUGAUAUAUAAAUGUUGUUGGACAACAGUAGUUUAAAAAUGAGUGGAAUAUAGAGGGUUAAAAAAGUUAAAAAGAAAAAAUGGGAAAAAAAGCUAGCUAUAUCCUUAUACUUAUUGGAGACACUUUAACUUUUUCCUUUGUAUUUUCAUUGUAUUAGAUAAAUAAAUGUGAAUGUAAAAUUGUAUAAAUUAAUGUACUUGAAUACUUGUCUGUUCUCCCAGUAUGCUUGCUGGAUAUUUUAGUGCCUUGGACUUCUCUUGCUUCUGCAGUUUAGCAUUGUCUUCCCAGCAGAGCCCAGGUGGACAGAGGGCAAGUUGAGGGCAGGAUGCUUGUGCCCAGUGCCUGGGACAUCCCGGGCUCCUGUUUGGAGUAGGAGUGUGGAGGGGAAGUCACCGAGGCCGCGGUCGGAGCAGCGUUCUGUGUGUGGGGGAAACUUGUCCAGGUGGGCAGAGCUGAAGGUGUGGGGUGACAGGGGCCAGGUGGGGUGGGACAGAGGGGUGCAGGUGAGGCUAAAAUGAGACUUAACCAAUAUUGGCUGUGGAGGCAGGAGGGCUGGAUCAGAAACGGAGAGAGGAUGGGGAGAACGUGUGUCUUUGGGAAAGGCCCAACUAAAGAUGCAGUUUGACUCCACCUGCGAAGUGGUAAAGAUGUUUGGUCAGGAUGUGACUUGAGGGAGAGGUGCCAUUGCUCGUUGGCAUGGGCUUGUCUGCUGGGAUUGCUUUUCUUACCUUUUUUUUGGUAAAAUUCAUUUAAGCCAGGAACAGACUGUCCUGGUGCAACGUCCGUUGCCGGCAAUGGAUGUACUUGAAACAGCCGGCAUCAAGAAGUUUCCUCUGUCUUACUUGGAGGAUUUACAAUUUUGUUCACUCUUAACAAAUUUCAAGCUGGUACCAGGACUGUCACUAUCUGUCACUUGUCACCUCUUAGUACCUGUACUGUAUCUUCUGCUUUGGUCAUUCUCCCUUUUUGUAUUCAGGAAAUACUGGUUUCCUCUUCAAAGUCAAAAUAAUACCAGCCAGUAUUUGUGUAGUGCUGCAAAAAGCUGAGAAGGGUGAGAGUGCAGCUUGCUGGUGCUUGGGAGCAGCUCACCGGUGCCCUGGAAGCUGGUGCAUCACACGGAUGUUACUUGCCCACGUUGGUUUUUAUCUCGGAGCGCUGUUCCCUGCUGGGGCCUUAAUAGGGAGUUUCCGUGUCUGCAGAUGUUCUCACUCUUUCACUUUCACAGAGAAACGUGCGAGAUGCUUUCCAUUCCUGUCACUUGUUUUGCAGCAGUUCUGGCAGCAGGGCAGGCCCAGGCUGGAGAGGAGCGGCCGAGGGCAGGAGCUCGUCGGAGGCGGCUCCGGGCCGAGGCCAGGGGUGGUUCUGUGGGACAGCGGCAGGGGAGGGGCAGGCGAGCAGCGGGCCCGGGGCUGAGGCCAGGUGGGAACCUGUCUGAAAGGAUGGCUGCAGGGGAGGCUCUUGAGCACGCCCAGGGGCAACAGGAGCGGGGACAGACCCGAGGCAGUAGUGAGACAAGGGGAGUAUUCGCAGAGGAACUGGUCAGCUGGAUGCAGCACGUGGUUAUUUAAAUUUGAUCUAAUAAGUUUGAGGUCGUUUUUUCACUUAAUGUUAUGCAAGAACUGGUUUUAUUUACCAUUGAUUUUUUUUUUUCUCCCCCCCUCUCCUCCUGUGGAUGAAUAACUGAAGUCUAGAGGAAUAAACUAAUGCUACUGAACUGUUAAAUUAUUUUGUUUAAUAUUACACUUUGAGUAUCUUUUUCCACAUAAAAUCUGUUUCUGAAUUACAAGCGUUUUCUUUACAUUAUUUAACAAUGUACACUGUAAAAAAUAAAAAUAAAAAAAAAAAAAUUAAUUGAAACUUU